UCCAUAAAGUGAUGGAGAAUUACAGAUACGAGGUUGGAGAAGCAUCCUUUCCACCUGAUGUGGAGGCAUAUGUACAAAAACUGAUAGAUGAGCUGGCUGUUGAGAAAAAGAGAGGUGUCGAGGCUUUGGCACAAAUGAAGCGUAGCGGACACCGAUCUGAAGAGCAGAGUAUGGAUACCCCAUCUGUAGCUACAGAAAACAAUUUGGAUUCUAUUGUUGAUGCCCAACUUGAUAUGACUAGAACCAAAUCCGACGCGAAGUCAGAAGGAACGGCUAUGUUUGAUACAAAGAUGAUGGAUGAGCCGGAACAAGUGCACAAUGUCGACAUGGAUGAGGUCAACGAUGCUUUGAAUCCCUUGAUCGACACACGGUUUAUACUUCCCUUUAGUGUUCCUACACCAGGUCGGGAUGAUCUCUUGUGGAGCUCAAUUCCUUCUAUCCCACCUCAAGUCAUGGGAAUGAUGGACGAUACAUCAUCUCUGGAAGUUCGAGAAAAGACCGCGGAAAAUCAAACCGUCUCUGUAUCUAGGGAGAGUGUGAUGGGUGGUUUGUAUCGGCCUACUUCACUUGCUUCAUUUAGACCACUUGCUAUUACUGCUUCAAACUAUUUGACUCCCAUUUUCAACAGUGUGAGGUUUUCAACAUCAUAAAUAAACAACCUCAUUUCUUUCG